AUGGAUACUACAGAACCAAGCCAAUUUGUGCAUUAUGAGCGAUCAUGGCUUCACCGACACUGUCCAUCCCCCAUAAUCCAACACCAGCUGGCUCAGGGGUCAGGCCAACUCUUCUCAGGGCUCCUGGCCAUGAACAUCGUGUUCCUGGGAGCAGCUGUGGUCAGCAGUGUGAUCCUGGCUGAGGGCUCCGUGAGCUCUAAAGUCUCAGACAUCUUCAUGUGCAUCCUCAUGCUUCUCAGUACUGGCUGGGCUUUCUACCACCUGCUGUGCACCCGGAGAAAACCCCACGCACUACCGAUCCAAGACAGACAUGCAGGGGCCCUCUGGGUAAAAGCCUCUCUGAUUUUGUUUGGCAUAUGCAGUCUACUUCUAAUUGCGUUUAAGAUCAGCUAUCGUGUGAUGCUCCUACAGUGUGAUAACCUAACGACUGACAUCCUUUUCGCCUCUGUGGAACUCCUUUUCAUUUGUGUGCAGACAUGUCUCCUAUGGUUCACCUGCAAGGACUGCAUCCAAGUGCAACACAACCUAACCAGAUUCGGUCUCAUGCUGACACUCUCCACCAACCUGCUACUUUGGAUUUUGGAUGUUAUCAUUGACUCAGUGAACAGAAAAGAUGAUAUACAAGAAAACAUUACUCUAAGAUUGAAACGUUUGGACAUGACUUCUUGUACAUGUGGAAAUGACUCCCCCUGUUGGACUUUCAAGCAUGGGUAUGUGACUCUGUACCCUUUCAAGCUAGAAUAUUGUUUGAUCUGCGCUUCUAUGCUAUUUGUCAUGUGGAAAAACGUUGGCAGAAGGGAGCAUGGACACUCUUCCCAUCAAGAGCCUAGAUUCCACCUGAAAGGGGUGGUGUAUGGUCCUUUUCUUGGAGGAGCAGUUCUACUAGUGGGUCUUUGUAUCUUCAUUCAAUACCAAGUCCAGGCAUCUGCUGGCAUGGCCCCACUGACAUCCUUUCUAUUCUAUUAUGCAUACUGUGUCACCCUUCUGCCCAUUAUGAUCAUUUCCUGUAUCAUAGGCACACUCUCCCUUAGCCUAGGGGAGAAAGACAGACACAUUGGACAGCACAGAGAGAAGAAAGAUGACAUGGCAAUAGACGAGAAACACAGACUUGAAAUGGAGCUGGAACAGAUAGGGGAGGAUAUACAACAUAAUAAAGAGAACAAUGAGUCUAUACAUUGUAAUGGAGAGAGAGGGGAGCACUGGAAUUCAAAGGAAGAAGACAUCCAGGUGACAGAGGAGAACAAAGAAAACUGGAAAAAUAAGAAGGGUGAGAAUAGGACAGAGAAUGGGGAACAGUGUGAGGUUCUUGGAGAGGACAAUCAGUACAUGCAAGAUGAUGAUGAUGAUGACCAAAGAAAGUUGGAGCAAAGGAUGGAGAACAGGCAUGAUGCGAUGGUUGACCAAACAGCAGGGAAGAGGACAAAGUACAAAGAUGGACAAGGAAAAAAGGAGCAAAGAGACAUCCUGGAUGGAGGCCACAAACAUACUAAUGUAAUGGGAGAUGCUAAGAACUACACUCGCAGUUUGGAUAUUGUUUUGCUGUUGGCAGCUGCUCUGGGACACUUCUCAAUCUCCUAUUUCUCUUUAGUGGCAAUUGUAGCUACAAAUAACUGGAAUCUGUUAAAUAGCCUUAAUCUGGCAUACUCUGUACUUAUGAUUUUGCAGCAUAUGUCUCAAAACAUAUUUAUCAUUGAGGGCCUCCGAGGAGACCAUGGGAGGCCAAUAAGUCCUCAUCCUAACACAGAGGAGGCAGAGGAGCAGGAGGAUUUGCAUCGCAGAAUGUCAUUAAUGGAUCUUCGGAGAGCAUCACUGGCCUAUCUGCAGGACAUGGGACGUCUCAGCAUUAGCAGAAGAUCUGUGAAGGAGAUCUCACUCUUCCUUGUUCUCUGUAAUAUUAUGUUCUGGAUUAUGUCAGCAUUUGGUGCCCAUCCUCAAUAUGAGAACGGUUUGGAGCAGGAAUUCUAUGGAAACUCCACCUGGCUAUCUAUCCUCAACUUCGGACUGCCCCUAUCAGUGUUUUACAGGAUGCACAGUGUGGGGGGGCUUCUGGAAGUGUAUAUCAGUGCAUGA